CUUAAAGAAUUCAGUUCAGCUCUGACAGUUUAAAGAAACGCUCCCUAAAGUCUCUCUGGGGUCACAGUCUAGAUGAUGAUGAUGAUGAUGAUGCAGAGAUGAUGGCCACGCCCCCCCCAGGAGGCUUUAAAUGGCCCCACGUCCCCUCCACAGAGAGACAACACAGAGUCACAGCGACAGAGCUCUUGGUGGAGACGCUGAGGAUUGUGGGACUUGUGGUGCAGAAUCUUCUUCUUCUUCUCCUCUGUGACGGCAGGAUGUUGGGCUCGGUGCUGCUAUGCUGUUGGUCCUUCAGCCUGCUCCGGCUCUCCUCCUCUCUGGUUCACGGAAACAUCCAUCUGGACGACGGUCCGGCCGCCGGCCGCCGCGCCGAGACCGCAUACCUGUCUGACCUCGAGAGAAGCCGCGUCCCCGACGCCGACCUCCUACCUGUGGACUCAGUGGAGGAUCACUUCCUGAUGGACCCAGGGUCCUACGACGAGGACUCGUCCUUGCAGCUUCAGGGUCGGGCCAUGCGCUCGCCUCGCCGCUGCAUCCCCCACCAGCAGUCGUGUCUGGGUUACCCGCUGCCCUGCUGCGACCCCUGUGACACCUGCUACUGCCGCUUCUUCAACGCCAUCUGCUACUGCCGCCGAGUCGGCCACGCCUGCCCUCCCAGGCGCACCUGAUGCGUAGAAAGUGUGUCGAUGCUCUUUCUGUUGCGUGUCGAACAAAAUGUGCUGUUUGUGUAAUAAACCACUAA